AGAAAAAAAGAAAUUCCGUUCGCUCUCUCUCUCACUCACUCACAGGCCUGAGGUUGCAGGGAGCAAUUAAUUAAGAGUUAGGUAAAUAGAAACUGAGAUUUUGGUGAGAGGAUAAUGAUUGCCAAUUCAAUUCAAAAUAAGAACAAUAUAUAACAAAAGCGGCGGUUUCCACGCAGUUUCAGAAAUGAUCUAAACCCUAAUGUUUUUGAAUGAGGUCAUGUUUGGAUGAUUCAGCAAGUGUAGCUCCAGUUUUUCACUUGUUUUUAAAAUGACAUCUAGAAGAGAUGGAAUCCCUAGAGGUCACAAGGGAAAAAGUUUUCAGGUGGAGGGUCCAAAUUGGAUUCUUAUUGCAGGUGGUGCGUUAUUAAGUACAUUGUCAGUACGCCUUGGUUACAAGCUCAAGCAGACACUGGAUUCGAAGCAACAGACAAAUGCUAGUAAUACUCUAAAAGGGAAUGAGAAAUCAUCUGAUAGAAGGAGGACAGGAGGUUGCCAUAUGCAUCUAAACACGUAUUCUUUUACACAAGAUGAUGAUGGUUGCUACAACUGCAUAUCUGGGAAUGAAGGCAUGAAGCACCGGCAGAGUGACCAGAUGCUGUCUGAAUCUGAUGGUGGUCUUCCUUUGGUAACAGUUUCUGGUCCAGAAUUUACCAAGGAGAAUGGUGUUAUGUGGGUAUCAUCUCCUGAUCGUCUCGAAUUGCCUCCAAAGCCAUUUCACCAUUCAAAUUGCUCUGACUCACCAUGUGUCUCAGAAUCUGGCUCCGACAUCUUCAGCAAGAGAGAAGUGAUACAGAAGUUGAGGCAACAGUUAAAGAGACGAGAUGACAUGAUAAUGGAGAUGCAGGAUCAGAUUUUGGAGUUGCAGAAUUCAUUAAAUGCUCAGCUGUCCCAUUCUACAGAUUUGCAAUCACAACUUGAAGCAGCUAACAGAGAUUUGUUUGAUUCCGAGAGAGAAAUUCAGCGGCUGAGGAAGGCAAUUGCUGAUCACUGUGUUAAACACGUGGCCCCCAAUGAAAAGCCUCCGUCAGUCCCUAUAUGGCCAUCUGAAGUCAGAAAUGGACAUGCAAACGGUUAUUUAAAUGGAGAUAGCAGUUUUGAGUUGCCUGAAAAGGGGAAGGGCGACGGUGAGAGAGUUGAGAUGCUAAAGAGGGAAGUAGGAGAUUUAAAAGAAGUAAUAGAAGGGAAGGAGUUCUUGUUGCAGAGCUACAAGGAGCAGAAGACAGAACUUGCAAUGAAGAUUAAGGAGUUGCAGCAAAGAUUGGAUUCGCAGCUCCCAAAUAUUUUGUAGGCGUAGUUAAUUAGGUCAAUGUGCAUUCUUUGCUUGUUUUUUCUCGUUCCGUUCUUUGAUUGCGAGGUUCUAAAGUUGAGAGAAGUUUGUUUUUUCUUCCCCUUCCCCCCCCUCCUCUUUGCAAUAUAAUCCCUUGAUUUAGUUUGGCAUGUUUGUGCUUGUUGUGUUGGAGAGGGGCAGGUGAAAAGUGAAAACACAGUUGCUAAAUGUUUGAUCUGUGGCUUAUCGCACAUCUGCUCCCUUGUAGAAAAUCUGAAGUUCUAACAAAUGUUUGGCCUUUUUCUGGUUUAUCGGAAUUGGAUCUCUAUCAAAUCAUGAAGUAAAACAGAUUAAUUUUUGAAAUGGCAAAUAUCAUUUCAUUACAA